AUGGACCGGCGUCUUUUGGAAGCAGCCACAUCCGGUGAUGUUCCAUCAGUGAAGCAACUACUGGCUCUUGAUGGCCCGGGCGUGCUGCUCGGGACGACUCCACAAGGAAACACUUGCCUCCACAUCGCCUCCAUCCAGGGCCACGAGGACUUCUGCAAGAAUAUCCUGAUGCUGGACCAUUCUCCGGCUACGGCGCUCCUCUCCACCGUCAACAAAGACGGCGAGACGCCGCUGCUCACCGCAGUGGCAAGGGGCUGCGCUUCUUUAGCUUCUGUUUUACUCAGGUACUGCCGUUACCAACAGCUGAGUGAGAUAAUCCUGAAGCAAGACAAGCACGGAUGCAACGCGCUGCACCACGCCAUCCGCAGAGGACACAGGAUGCUGGCACUCGAGCUGAUAGAGGCAGUGCCUACCUUGUCGAAAGCUAUGGACAGUCGCAACAAGUCACCUCUGUUCAUUGCGGCAGUGAGAAAUUUUACAGAGGUGUUCCACAAAUUGUUGGAGAUUUCAGAUUCUUCUGAUUCUGGAGGAUUUGGCUUCAAUGUUCUCCAUGGUGCUGUCAGAAAUGAAAAUAUAGGUGAGACUUUCGCUCUAUCGUUAGAAGGAUUAUAUAUGGAGAUGCGUCCUAGGCUAGCCAGACAAGAAAGUGAGGAUAAAUAUACUCCAAUGCACCUAGCUGCAUACCAGAACAAGGUCGACGUGCUUACAGUACUGCUGGAACAUGAUCCAUUUUUAGGGUACCUAAUCUCCACAUACGGUUUUCCUCUUCUUUGUAUCGCGGCAUCUAAGGGCCAUGUUGGUGUUGCUCGAGAGCUGCUUAAGCAUUGUCCCGAUGCUCCCUACUGCGAUGCAAAUGGCUUGACAUGUCUUCAUGUAGCUGUAUUAAAUGGUCAGGCAGAGUUUGUAGAAUAUGUCCUGGGAUCUCAGCAGCUUCGCCAUCUUAUAAACAUGGCAGAUAACAGUGGAGAAACUGCUCUGCAUCCAGCACGGAGGAGAGGGCUAACGUGGAUAGCGUCUGUUCUAGGUGACAGAGAAAAAAAUAUUAACAACAACCCCGUCAUUAUUCGGAAGGUUUGCAAACAGUUGAUAGUGUUUUUAUUUGCAAUUAGGCUUCGGGGAUAUAGGAAGCUCGCACUGGAGCUGAUAGAAGCAGAGCCCGCCUUAUCGAAAGCUGUGAACAAAUGUUAUGAGUCACCCAUGUUCAUCGCGGUAACGAGAGAUUAUGGGGACGUCUUGGAGAAGCUGUUGCAGAUUCCUGAUGCGGCUCAUGGAGGAUCCCAUGGGUGCAACGCUCUACAUGCUGCUGUGACAAGUGGUAAUGCAGUUAUGGCUAAAAGGGUUAUGGAGGCACGUACAUGGCUAGUCAGACAAGGAAAUGAAGAAAAGCGUACACCAAUGUACCUGGCCGCAAUUGAGAACAAGAUUGACGUGCUUAGAGUAUUGUUGGAACAUGAUCCGUCUUUGGGUUAUUUCAUCUCCACAGAUGGUGAUGGUGCUCCUCUUCUUUGUAUCGCAGCAUCUGAGGGCAAUGUUGGUGUUGCUCGAGAGCUUCUUAGACAUUGUCCUGAUCCUCCCUACUUCGACGCAAUGGGUUCGACAUGUCUUCACAUAGCUAUAUCAUUUGGUCAGGAAGAUUUUGUGAGCUGUACAUCCUCAGGGGAUGGAACGACCCAUGGAUGUAGCAGUAUCUGGUCAUGUCGCAGAAAUGAGGCACCUGUGUCUGCAUGUUCCGGGCGUGCUUGGAACCACUCCUCAGGGGAACGCAUCGCCGCCAUCCAUGGGCACGAAGUGUUCUGUAAGGAGGUCCAGGCUCUGAACCCGUCACUCCUCACUGCCAUCAACUCGGACGGCGAGACCCCUCUGCUUGCCGCCGUGGCGAGCGGAUGUCUCUCUGUAGCUUCUGUUUUGCUCAGGUGCUGUCGUGAUCAGCAGCUGAGUGGGGCGAUCCUGAAGCAAGACAAGCGUGGAUGCAAUGCGCUGCACCACGCCAUACGCAACGGACACAUGAAGCUCGCGCUGGAGCUGAUGCAAGCAGAGCCUGCCCUGUCGCAUUAUGUGAACCAGUACGGUGAGUCACCCAUGUUCUUCGCGGUGAUGAGGAAAUACGAGGAUGUCUUCGAUAAACUAUUUGAGAUUCGUGAUUCUGCUCAUGGAGGAGCCGAUGGCAUGAAUGCUCUGCAUGCUUCGGUGUGGAACGGUAAUUCAGCCAUCGCUAACAAGAUUAUGGAGGCACGUCCUUGGCUUGCCAGAGAAGAAGACAAGAGUAGCAACACUCCAAUGCAUCUGGCUGUACGUUGGCACAAGAGUGACGUGCUAAGUGUAUUGUUGGAACACGAUCGGUCUUUAGGGUACCAAGUCUCGACAUUAGGUAACCCUCUUCUUGUUUCUGCCGCAUAUCGUGGCCAUGUUGAUGUUGCUCGGGAGCUUCUUAAACAUUGUCCAGAUGCUCCAUGUUACAAUACAAGAGGCUCGACAUGUCUGCACAUAGCUGUACAGUCUCAACAGACGGAGUUCGUAAAGUUUGUGCUGGGUUUGCCACGGCUUCAGAAACUCGUUAACAUGCGAGAUGAAAAUGGAGACACUGCUCUGCAUGUCGCAGUCCAGAAGUGCGAUCCAAAGAUGGUGGCUGCUUUAUUGCUUCACCGAGACAUUGACAUCACAGUGGUUAACAACAAUGGUUGCCCAGUAAACAGGACAUUACCCACCGACCGUGCCAAGACUUUAAACUGGUUGGGAGAACCAAGCUAA